UUUCUCACUCAGGCAUACACACAAUUUUAUGCGGACACUGGAGGACUAUUAUUUUUUCAGUCCCACUAAAUUCUGGUCGUUCGAAUCCGCCUGUUCGGUAAAAGCGUCUAGUCAUGCUUAUGUCUCUUGGUUUACUGCUAUUUCCAGCAGCCUAAAAAAAAAGUUGAGGACUGUUCUUUUAAUUAAGCCGUCAUUUCACUGCGCAUAUUUAAAAGUCCAUUUUCACAGGAGGAUAUAUAUUCGCAUCCAGCGUGAAAAACUGACAAGCUCCUCGUACAGCAGCGGUUUGGACUUGUGUCUCGAGGCUUUAGUCGCGUGAGGCUCUUUCGUUUUAAAAAGCACCUGCCAACGAAAUGUCUGCCCCCGAUGCCGCUGCGAGUUCUGGUGCCCCAGGGGGCCCAGAUGGUGAGGGGGGUACACCCGCCGCACCUCCUAACCUCAGCAGCAACCGUCGUCUGCAACAGACACAGGCCCAAGUGGAUGAGGUGGUGGAUAUCAUGCGUGUGAAUGUGGACAAGGUUCUAGAGAGAGAUCAGAAGCUUUCAGAGCUCGAUGACCGGGCAGAUGCGCUGCAGGCCGGAGCAUCACAGUUCGAGAGCAGUGCUGCCAAGCUGAAAAACAAGUACUGGUGGAAGAAUGCUAAGAUGAUGAUCAUUAUGGGCAUUAUUGGGGUCAUCAUGGUGGGCGUUGUUUUCAUGUACUUCUACUACUGAGCCUCUCUGGGGACACACAAGGACAGGAGACUCUGGCAGCAGAGCCCAAGCUUUGUGUGAACUCCACCCCUCUUUACUCCCCACCAAUGCCUUUCAUUUCAGUGUGUGUGCAGUCAUUGACGCAAUGCCUCUCCCUCCCUUUGUCUGUCACUGCAUUUCUUUGUACCUCUCUUGAGUUCUUUUGCAACAGUGCCCGAGCUUACUCAAAAACUCCUUCAGUUUGGAAUAUCUAUGAUGUUAGAUUUGAGAAUGUCUUGGUCUUUUUUGGGCCAAAUAUUAGUGAUGCAAAAAUAUAGAUUUGUAACGUUUUUAGUCCAAAUGAACCCAUGAUUAACUAAAGAGAAAAAAAGAAACACAAAGAUCAUUAAAGGGAUAGUUCUCCAAAAAAAACAAAAAACUAUUCUGUCAUCAUUGUUCACUCUCGUGUUGUUCCAAUCUUGUAUUACUUUCUUUAUUCCAUGGAACACAGAAGGCUGAAUGUUAGGGACUGACAGCCUCAGUAACCAUUCACUUUCACUGCAUCUUUUUUCCAUAAAAUGAAAGUGAAUGGUGAAUAAGGCUAACAUUCUGCCUAACAUCUCCUUUUGUGUUGAACAGACAAAAGUCAUAUGAGUUUGGAACAACAUAAGGGUGAGUAAAUGAUGACAAUUUUGGGUAUACUAUCCCUUAAAGUUUACGUUUAGAUAUUGGUCAAGUAACGCAUUUAUGCACAGAUGCCAAAGCGUUCCACAUUACCUGUAAAUGUGCAUUGUGGUCCUAUUGUUAUAAUGUCAAGGGUUAAAGUUCAACUGCAAUAAGAGAAAUGACAGAAAGUGUAAUAUUUUCUUUCUUUUGUUGUGUUCAAAGAUGAGCUUAAUUUCUAGACCUUUCCCAUAUAUGUUCCUAUGGACCUGAAAAAAAACUAAAUUAUUUUAGACAGAGGUAGAGACCAGUCACCAUUAGAAUUAAAUGUCUUAGAGUGACAAAUCUAGGAUCAGUCAUUUCCUUCCAUAUCAUGUUGAAAAAUAUUACAUGGAUGGGAGACUUGUACCAUUCAAUUCUAGGGUUUAAAGCAUGUUUCAAAAAAUCCAGAUGUUUAGGGAGAAGGUUGGAUGAUGUUUUUGUACUUAGAGAUUGCAGUCGACAUAGAGGGGAAUUUCUGAUCAUAGAUUGGCACUCUCGCUCUUUGAUGUAUUGUUAAAGGGAUAGUUCACCCAAAAAUGAUCAUUUACUCACACUUUUGUCAUCUCAAACUCAUAUGACUUUCUUCUGCUGAUACAUGAAUGGAGAUAUGAUGUCUGUUGUCUAUACAAAAAAAUGUUAGAGCUCCAAAAAGGACAUAAAGGCAGCACAAAAGUCAUCCAUAAGACUUCAGUGGUUUAAUCCAUGUCUUCUGAAGCAAUCCGAUCUGUUUUGGGUGAGAACAGACCAAAAUCUAACUCCUUUUUCACUGUAUCUUACCAUUGCAGUCUCUAGGCAUGAUCAUGAUUUCAAGCUCGAUUACACUUCCAAGUGCUUGAAGCAUGCCAGAGCACUAGAUGGCGCUAGGAAGUGUAAUCGAGCUUGAAACCAUGAUGGCCAAGGAGACUGCUGAUGUCAAGAUUUAUAGUGGAAAAGGAGUUAGAUUUUGGUGUAUUCUAACCCAAAAUCGAUUAACCACUGAGUCUCAGAGUCUCAUGAAUUACAUUUAAUAUGCCUUUAUGUCCUUUUUGGAAAAUUUGGUCACCAUUCACUUGCAUUGCAUGGACAAACAGACAUCAUAUCUCCAUUAAAAUAUCUUCGUUUGCAUUCCGCGGAGGAAAAAAAGUCAUACGAGUUUGAGACUACAUAAGGGUAAGUCAAUUAUAAGAUAAUUAUCAUUUUUGGGUGAACUAUUCCUUUAAUUUCAGCCAAAAGAUCAGUGGAAUCAUAGAGGGAAAACUAGGAUUGAAAUAAAUUAUAUAACAUGGUAUAAAAUCAAGAUUGCAAUGUAUGGUGUAAAAAUGAAUAUACAUUUAAAUGUUAAAGCAGUGGCCACAAUUAAAUGAGUUAAUAUGGCUACUUUGUUUUUACAUUGUUUUUUUUACAUUGCUACUUUGUUUUGUUUUUUUGUGCUUUAUUUGUAAUGUCCUCACUGUUUUUCCAUGAUGCUUAUUGUAACAUUGUGGUCACACAAAAUACAAUUUCAUACGUUUUGGAUUUAUGCAAUGAUAAAUUAAAUAUUUUGUUAUAUUAGUUAGCCUAUAAAUGAACUAAUGUUUAAGUGAUAGCUUUGCAGUUGCUGUAUACAUAAUGUAAAACGUAAUGAACUAGAAGGGGGAAAUGAGUAUAAUUAAUGGUACAAAAAAUGUGUUAUCCUGAGUGUAUUAAACACUUGCACCUACUGACUUCACCGGCACCAUGAAAUGUCUUUGGAAAGACAAAUGGAAAUGUGACAAUGUAUUUGUAAAUAUUUAGGAUUAUUAUGGGAACAGAUUCCUAAUCAGCACUGGAGACAAUGUUCAGGGAUGAACCUCUGCAUGUGUUUGUUAAAUAUAUAUUAAAUGGGCACCUUAACCAACAUUGUUCUAGUGAAUAUAAGUUUGACAGAUGAGAAAUGUUAGUUUUAGCAUUUUCUGAGUAUUAAGGACAUAUUGUCCAUUACCUAAAAUAAAAAAUGCUCUAUUGAUAUGUAUUCCACAUGGAAUUUAAUGCAAGAUCAUCAUGUGUGUUUCAGAUCCCAUAGAUUAAGCAUUCAUUCAAAUUGCAAACCUAAUGCAGGGCAGUGAAUGUCAUUUACCCCAAUAAAUUCCUGAGUACAGUGUUUUAUGCAACCUAUUCAUUUGUAAAUAUGUGCUGCAGAGAUGCAUAAAAUAACAGAUCCUGUCCCUGAGCAUUUGAAGCCAAGCUGCUAACUUCUGUGGUUCAUUUAAAGCAUGUCUGCUUGCCCACCAUGUGCUGAUUCUAAUAAAGUGUUAAUGCUGUUA